AUGCCUCAAGGCCUGCUAAACAGCCAAACUCCAGGGCACACAAUAACAUGGCUGCUUAAUUUUCCUGAAAUUUACAAGGCUUCUAUGCCAAACCACUUGAAGGAAAGUAGUGCUGCCGCUGCUGUUCAGAGGACCAGUGCUUCGCUAGGUUUGUGCUGCUUCCACGACUACCCAGCGGCCGUGGAUAGUGCAUCAUUUCACAAAAUGAGUGCUCGACUGGAAGAAGAGACUCAGAGCUUCCUGCUGUUCGCCUGUGGCUCUGCCGCCUACGCCGCUGAUGAGCAGCUAGGAGGCGGAGAAUCCUUUGGCACAAACACUAACGUCGAGGAAGUGCGGCAGCCAGAACCUGCAAGGGAUGCUAGAGUGCCAGUCAAUGGGCAGGUGGUACAUAUACCUCUGUCACCUGUCUCCUCAAUGAGUGCUACAUCAGCUAGUGUGAUUGUUAGUACAAGUACUUCAUCCUCUUACACCACGGAUCCCUGUGGGGCAACUGUCAAGAAAUUGAAUAUGCCAUCAGAGGUUAGCUUUUCCAGCUCCUCACACAGAAAUCUAACAACUCCAUUAAGUGUGACAUUACCAAACUCCACGUCCACCGCCAUUAAAAGUGCCAAAUAUGGAAUUAGUGGUUCUGCCAUUAAACAGCAAGAAGCGUCUAGAACACCACAUUCCAAUAGUGCCAUAACUUUACUGACUACUGUAACCACCAGUGCCAAUGUGAAACGAAUGACAGGGAUAGAAGACUCAAGGAGGGAAAGGGGAAAGACCGAAGAUGACGUCAGCAAAGGGAAAGGCUGCGAGUUCCCCUACGCCUGCCCGGUGUGCCAGCGCCCGUUCAAGUCCAAGAGGUCCUUCAAUGCGCACAUAAUUGUCCAUUGCCAAAAUUUAUCCAACUCGGACCCCGCCAAUAAAUCGAGGCAAAGCGGUUAUGGAAAUGCUGUCCCCGUAUUCAUGCGAGAGCGGCUCAUUACAUCGGAUAUGCUUGCUCACGACAGCAUACGGAACGACACGACGCAGUGUAAGGCAAGAAUACAAGUCGAUUGCUUCUCUGAAACAGUACGCAUGUAAUUCUUGUUCAAUUAGCGUGGCGUGUACAUACUCAUGCGUAUGUGGGGGUAUGAGUGAGGUGAGUGGUGAAUAGACGGGUUGAAUGAGUUAAUAAAUGAGUGAAUUAUUUAAUAAGCACUUCAGAAUAUAGAACACGGGUAGAAAAUAUAAUCGUGAUCAGAGUAGAAAUAGAAUCAUCAGUAAAUAGACAAAGCGGGUGAAAGUAAAUAAGAACUAGA